AGAGACGAGUUGGAAUAGACCUCCCUGUGCGAGGAUAGACUGCCAAAAUGAUUCAAUUAAAGACAAUGCUCAACUGCAUCGACAACUCGGGCGCUGCCCUUGUUGAAUGCGCUCUUGUCGUCGGCCAAAAACGACACGCCCGAAUCGGUGACCGUAUCGUCGUCGUCGUCCAGGAACAGCGAGGUUCCUCCUCCGGUGGCAUGGCUGGUCUCUCUGCCGCCAACAAGGUUAAGCGCGGUGACAUUCGCCACGCCGUCGUUGUCCGAACCCGAUACCCUACUCAACGACGGGACGGCUCCGUCGUCAAGUUCGACGACAACGCCUGUGUGCUACUCAACAAGGCUGGUGACCCCGUCGGAUCCCGCAUCAACGGUGCCGUGGGCGCCGAGCUGAAGCGCAAGAAGUGGAGCAAGAUUCUGUCGAUGGCUCCUAUGCAGGCUUAAAGUUUGGGAAGAUGAGAGACUACAAGAGGGGAGGUGGACGGUUGUGUAUAAAAGACACGAGGUUAGGACGAAGAUGUCACCAUGUACGAGUGGGAUACUGUACAAUUACGAAUACUCGGGCAUAAUUGCGAGGCGUUGAUGAGAAAAUAAAGACACCUUUCAGCUCAA